AGUUUAUUUUGUUCUCUUGAAUUACUCGCACGUCAACAUCCAAUUAUUUUCAAGCCCUUACAAUAUUUUUUUGGUUUUUGAUAAUGUGUGACUUAUAUUAUACGCCAGCAUCGUCACCAUGCCGUGUAGUACAAAUGGUUGCGGCUGCUUUGAAAAUUAAACUUCGUUUAAAGCCACUUAAUUUACACAGCAAAGAACAAUUACUUCCAGAAUUUUUAAAAAUUAAUCCACAACACACCGUGCCUACCUUAGUCGAUAAUAAUUUUGCAUUAUGGGAAUCACGUUCAAUUUGCAUCUAUUUGGUCGAAAAGUAUGCAAAAGAUGACUCAUUAUAUCCAAAGAAUCCAAAACAGAGAGCUUUAGUGAAUCAGAGACUUUAUUUUGACAUGGGAAUGCUUACAAAACGAAUGUAUGACUUCUUCUUUCCUCAACUAAUACAAAACACGCAACCUGAUCCGCAGAAAUUUAAGGAAAUGGAAGAGGCUGUUGAACUUCUUGACAUCUUCUUAGAAAAUUCUGCAUACGCAGCUGGCGAGAGACUGACAAUAGCUGAUUUUGCAUUGGCUGUUACUGUUAGUGUCUGUGAAUUGACUGGCUAUGAUCUGAAUAAAUAUGUAAACAUAUCAAGGUGGUAUGAGUCGAUGAAGUUGGAGCUUCCAGGAUGGAAUAUCAAUGAAGAAGGAUUGAAUGUGUUGAGGCAGUAUAUAAAGAAAUAAAUAGUCAUAUAAACGUGUUAAAAUAAAUGUGAUUUAUAAGCAUUUGGGCUUACUUUAUAUAAAUGUGAACUGAACAGCUUGCCGGCAUUGAUGUAGCAAGGAAGAGUAGUCAGAAGUCUGUUUCUUUAGCUGCUCAGGGUUUUCUAUUUAAGUUGAAGUCAAUUCUUUUUCAUAUCUCAGAGCGUAGUCCAUAGAUAUUUGAUGUAAGGAAGCUCUGGAAAUCAUCUACUUUGCCUUUGUUUGAUCUCGUCCAAGGCAACAAAAACUGUUGCUAUUGCCA